CUCUGGGAAGCACAUUGGAGUAGCAGCGAACCAAAGAUGAACACCAUCGUGUUUAACAAGCUGAGCAGCCAGGUCCUUUAUGAAGAGAAGGCGAAAGAAGUGGAGAGGACCAGCAGAAACUAUUUAGAAGUAAUCGAUGGACAGCAUCCAGACUUACUUUCAAAUAACCAGGCGAUCAAAGACAAUUCUGGCAUCAGACAUAGGAGAUCUGGGUCUCGCCAGAGCGGUGGGAAGGUGCGUCACAAGCGCCAGGCUCUCCAGGACAUGGCGCGUCCUCUCAAGCAGUGGCUGUACAAGCACAGGGAUAAUCCUUAUCCCACCAAAACCGAGAAAAUACUGCUCGCUCUGGGCUCCCAAAUGACCCUGGUACAGGUUUCAAACUGGUUUGCCAAUGCCAGGAGGAGGCUGAAAAACACAGUGAGGCAGCCGGACCUGAGCUGGGCUUUGCGGAUCAAACUCUACAAUAAAUACGUGCAGGGCAACGCCGAGAGACUGAGCGUCAGCAGCGACGACACAUGCUCAGAAGACGGAGAGAACCCCACACGGGCCCAGACAGGCACGGCCGAGCUGAGCAAGCCCAUAUACCAGAGCGUUAUCAAGGAGGAGGGCGUGGUGGUUGGUGCAGGGCUGCGGGCCCACGCGCCGCUCACUGAGGAUUACGUCUCGCCGCCCAAGUACAAAAGCAGCCUGCUGCACCGGUACCUUAACGACUCGCUGCAGCAUGUCAUCACCUCCAACUCCAUGGUGGACUCGCGCAAGAGGAACCACUCGGGAUCCUUCAGCUCCAAUGAGUACGAUGACGACCUUCUCUCACCCUCGUCUUCGGAAGCGGAGGCCCACUUUGUGUACCGGACUGAGGCUGUGGAACACGCGUCGGCUAAAUGUGACACUGCGACGGUGAAGGAAAAAGGACGGGGCAAAGAUGAGACGUACUGGAAGGAGAUCAACGCCGCCAUGGCUUUGACUAACCUAGCACAGGCAAAGGACAGCAUAUCAGGGACAACCAGCUGCAUCAUCCAGAAAUCCUCCCAUAUAUCAGAAAUAAAGACUGUCAAAGUGCCCAUGGUACAGAAGUAUUAACUUACCUUCUAUUUCUAUGCAACAUUCCUUUUGAAGACAUUUUUUAGACUAUAAAUUGAAUAGUUUUCUUGUGGUUUUUGUUAUGUCUAAUUAAGAGAACAGACAAUCUUUUUUUUUCCAAUUCUUUGAGCAACUCCUUCUGUGUUCACGCACAUGGCAACGAGUGUUGAUAAUGGCAUUGUUAGUUCAAUGCAGAAUCCUUAACGAGACACUUUCGUAAUGUUAACUUAUUUGAUAGGCAUCAUUUUCUACUCCAAAAUUUGCUAUUGCACCUUUCCUGAAAGUGCCUUCAAAGAAAGCAGGAGAACUCAGCCACAUUCUGUACAUUGUGCUCUGAAAUGAAAAAAAGUGCUAUUUUAAAAAGUUUGAAGUUUGUUAAUUUAAAACUAAUUUUUAAAAUGUAUAUUCAUUAUUUAAGAGAUGUUCGUUAUGCAUUACUUGCCACAUCCCUCUGGUGCAUUUUUGCCUGACAGAAGUGUGGGGGUUAUACUCAUCCUGAGUACCCUCUAGUAGCACACUUACAAACGUGGACACGCGCACACACACAAACGUGCACACACACAGCACCAUUCCAGGCGAGGUCUCUGUGGUGACACUUCAUGCUGUUUUGUCUACCCCUGUUUGUUCGUUAUGGCUAUAAGGGCCACAGUGUUAUGUCUCACGUCCGAUCUGCCAGCGGUAGCUGUGAAACUGUCUUGUCAGUCUCAGUGAUCCAAUACUAAACAAAAGAACAAAUAAAAAUAACAAACAUCUUUACUGUACAUUUAUUAAUAAAUGCUGACGGCAUCACUACCUGUUUAUACCUUGUAAUUGGAAAAGCAGAUUUUAUAUUGAGGGAUCUUUGGAGGUAGUGAUUAGAGUUCACUUCAAAAGCUGAAAUAGACGUUGUUUUGAUGAGCUGUUUUCAUCUCUUCGCAACAAACGAACUGAAUAAACAGAGGGGUCGUGACCUUAA